CUUAAUGAUCGAUAAUCGAUCGUCGAUUAAUUAUGCCCAUCCCUAGUCGCCGUAUGCUUCGCCCAUUGUGUGCGUCAGAAAAUGGGAUGGCGCACUGAGACUGUGUUGUGACUACCGGGAGUUAAAUAAGAAAUCAGUCCCAGACCGCCACCCGAUCCCCAGAAUUCAAGACAUGCUGGACUCUCUUGGUGGUAGCUCUUGGUUUUCAGUCCUGGACCAAGGUAAGGCCUACCACCAAGGCUCCUUAGAUGACCAAAGUCAACCCUUAACAGCUUUUAUAACACCUUGGGGUUUAUACCACUGGAUUAGGAUCCCAUUUGGGCUAAACUCAGCUCCCGCAGAAUUCCAAAGAAAUAUGGAGGAGUGUUUAAGUGGCCUAAGAUAUGUCAUGUGUCAGCCGUACCUGUACGAUAAUCUGGUACACAGUGCCAGUUUCGACGGGCAUCUCCAGUGCAUGAGAACAGUGCUACAGCGAUACCAGAAGCAUGGUGUCAAGCUGAGUCCACGCAAGUGUGAAAUAUUCAAAAGAGAAGUGCGCUUCCUUGGAUGUAUGGUCUCCAGUGAUGGAUAUACCAUGGACCCUGCAGAAUUAGCCCCUGUCCUGGCUUUGAAAGAGAAGACCCCUGCAACAGUGGGAGACCUGAGAAGACUACUUGGAUUCCUCUCCUAUUACAGAGCAUACAUGCCAAACUUCUCCAAGUUGGCAACACCACUGUACCAGCUGCUGUCAUCCUCUCAAGUCAAACAGCCACCUGCAGCACGGGGAAAAGACGAGGGGAGCGAGCACCAGAAACAAAGGUAACUUGUCACCGAACAGUCCCAUUGAAUGGACACAAAACCAUCAAGAGAGACUGAACUCUCUCAUUGAUAAAUUGACUGUCCCACCUAUAUUAGGCUACCCAGACAUAACCGAGCCCUUUGUAUUCCACUGUGAUGCGUCACAAGAGGGGCUGGGUGCCAUUCUUUACCAGAGGCAGAAGGGGAAAAUGGUUGUCAAAGGAUACGGCUCACGGACACUGACCCCACCUGAAAAGAAUUAUCACAUGCAUUCUGGCAAAUUUGAAUUUUUAGCACUCAAAUGGGCUGUCUGUGAGCGCUUAAGGGAUUACUUAUACCAUGCACCGCAUUUCACUGUCUAUACAGACAAUAAUCCCUUGACCUAUGUACUGUCAACAGCCAAACUAAAUGCUACAGGGCAUCGCUGGGUUGCUCAGCUCGCAGACUUUGAUUUCUCAAUUAAGUACCGCCCAGGCAGAUGCAAUGCUGAUGCUGAUGGCCUUUCAAGAAUGCCAUUAGAAAUAGACACUUUCAUGCAGCAGUGCACAGAAGACAUCAGCCAAGAAGCCAUCAGUGCGUCUGUUGAGGGUGUGUCAAUGCAGCAGAUACCCUCCACUGGGGUCAGUAUGAUCAACCUGGAUACUUUGAUAAGUUAAGUGAUGCCUGUUAAGUGAUGCAUCUUGGGGUCCUCUGAGUCAGCCUUUAACAUCGCAACAAAUUCUAGAGAGUCAGGAAAAAGACCCUAUCAUAGGACCAGCCUUGAGACUGAAGAGAACAAAUCAGCCCCCAUCAUCCAGACUGUUUACCUCAGAGCAUCCGGAUGUUAAGGUGCUCCUCCGUCAGUGGACUAAGUUGUAUCUCAACCCAGAGGGUGUGCUUUGCAGACGAUCAGGAAAUCGGCAUCAGCAGGUCCUCCCUCGAGAGUUUUGUGAGACUGUUUUACAGAGCUCCUCAGAGAAAUGGGACAUCCAGGGGUGGACAGGACAUUAGACCUAAUUCGGGAGAGGUUUUAUUGGCCUAGGAUGCAGGAGGAGGUAGAGCACUUCAUUGCACAUGUCUGUGAGUGCCUGAAGAGACGCAGGCCACAAAAACCAACAAGAGCACCCCUUGUUUCCAUAGUUAUGGCACAUCCAUUUGAACUAGUGUCAAUGGACUUUCUGCAUCUGGAAACAUGUAAAGGGGGCUACGAAUACAUCCUAGUGUUGAUAGACCAUUACACGCGGUUUGCACCGGCUUACGCAACUAAAGAUAAAUCUGCAAAGACUGUGGCCCAAAAGGUCUUUAAUGACUUUGCCCUCCGCUUUGGCUUCCCAGAGAAGAUUCACCCCAACUUGGGGGGAGAAUUUGAGAAUUGUUUAAUGGCUCUCCUCAAAAAGUGUUCUGGGGUGCGGGGCACUCAUACGUGUUACCACCCCGCUGGAAAUGGGAAGACGGAACGUUUUAAUAAAACCAUCCUGUCCAUGUUGCGUACCUUGACUGACACAAAGAAAGCUGACUGGAAGAAUUCCCUGGAGAAGAUGGUGCACGCAUACAAUUGCAAACGCAGUGAGGCAACAGGGUUUUCCCCUUACUCUCUGCGAUUUGGUAAUUCUCCACGCCUGCCCAUCGACAUAAUGUUCAAUUUAACACCCCCUGAGAAACAAGAGAGUUACUCAGAGUAUGUGCAGAACUGGCGGGCCAGAAUGCAUCAAGCAUAUGAGAUCGCUUCGAGAACAGCGGCUAAGGGAGCUUCAAGAGGAAAACUAUUCCAUGACAAGAAAGUUCAUGGAACUGAUCUGCAGCCAGGGGGAAGAGUUUUAGUGCGGAACCUGUCUCAAAGAGGAGGCCCGGGUAAGCUGAGGUCCUACUGGGAGGAUAGAGUUCAUGUGGUGGUGCAAAGGAGAAGUGAUGGCAGCCCGGUUUACGAAGUCAUGCCCGAAGGCGGUGGGAAGACAAGAGUUCUCCACCGAAAUCUGCUACUUCCAUGCGACAGCUUGCCGUUGGAUGAACUGGAGCCUGGUGGGCCGAACAGGGGCCGGCCACAGCAGACUGACUCCAGCAACACCCGCAGGACACCUGUGAGAAAAGAACGCAGAAGUCACACAAAAUUCAUUGAACGAACGGACAGUGAAAGUGAGAACGAAUGUGACUAUGUCUGGACGUUUACCAGACGUGCCAGACGUGAGCCGGUGGAUAACAGUAGGCUUAAUCCAGAGGCGCAGCCCUUUGUCCCCGAUCCUGAAAUGGAACCCGCGUCACUGCCACAAGAGACAGCACACCUGGACGUGCAGGAAGAAGCGGCUCCAAUUCCUGACACAUGGGCAGAGUUGUAUCUACUCGCACAGGAGACUAAUGAUGCAGCACUGGAGACAGGGGAUUUGGACAUACAAGAAGGUGAUGCUCUUACUCUGGAGGGGGAUGACCAACCAGACUCGGCCCAAGCCUCAGAUGAUGAACCUGACAUGCAACCUGUGAAUACCCGGCCACAGAGAGAGCGGCGUCCGCCAAGGAUGCUGACAUAUGAGCAACUGGGUAAUCCAUCGGUGGUGGGGGCAGGCAUGAACAAUUUGCAGAUGAACUAUGGCCUUCCGUCAGUUCACACCUUGUGGCGCCCCUGGACUGGGAUGGACGUUGAAGUACAAGGAGUGAAUAAAUAUAUGUGGAGACCAAUUUAACUCAUUCCUUGAGGGUGUCACAAUCGCACUACGUUGCCGUCCACCUGGCAUUCGGAUGCAAAAGCAGCCUGAAUUGGACUGUCUCUCUGAAGCACUCCACUGGAUCCUCCUCAACGAGUCCAAGGUCCCCUUCCUCGUUUAUCCCCUGAACGACUUCCUCACUAUCGGCCCCCUUUCAUCUCCACCGGCACAAGGCACAUCACUCUCCUCCUCUCCAACUACCUGCUCACUCCCACCAGCACCAAGCGCCAACUCCUCUCCCUCCUCGGCCACCUGAACUACACCCUUCGCAUCAUCUCCCAAGGCUGCUACUUUAUCUCCCACCUCCUCCUCCUGGAUUCUUCUGCACAGUCUCUCCACCACUCUGAACACCUCCUGCCUCAUGGAGAUGAAGCUCUGACAUCACCUCCUGCCACACUGGAGUGGCGUCACCCAUUUCUACCACCAAAUGGCAUCCAAUGCCCACGACAUGCAACUAUUCACAGACGCCGCCUCCUCCUCUGGUUUCGGCUGCUACUAUAACAACUAAUGGUCCUCUUCCCCAUGGCCUUCAGAGUUCCCUUCCUGCCCCUUUCCCUCACUAACCUCCUCAUCUGCACUUCACAAAGUCUACCCCAUCAUCAUCGCCGCCCUCCUCUGGGGCCAUGAAUGGUCAAGCCAAUCCAUCCUCAUCCACUCUGACAACACUACCUUUGUCUCCUGGAUUAAUAAAGGCCAAUCAGAUUCCAUCACUGGCACCAUGACCUUCAUCCGCCACCUCACUUGGCUUUCAGUCAUACAUCAGUUCAUUUUCAGAGCCACUCACAUCCCGGUCACCACAACACCAUUGCUGACUCCCUCUCCCGUCCCUCCCUCCAGAAAUUCAGACUCUUGGCACCAGAGGCUGACCACCUUCCCAUGACAGCUCCCCUCCACGACCUUCACCUCCCCACCCAAGAUGCCAUCUUCCAAGGCGGAUCAAGCUGUGGCAGCAUACAUCCCCCACCUCCACCUUCAGAACAGGAAAUCGGGGUAUUCCCCAGUUGACAUUAAGACACGCAGCUGAAUUAUAGCGACACAGUUAAUUUCUUGUUUCUGUUGGAUGACAUUUAUCUCUUUUAAGAAAAAGGUCCAACAACCCAACUCAGACCACACUAGAAAGACCAGCACGUCCUUACAACAUCCUACUCUUUACUGUGAAGAUGUCCAGCUCUGUAUCAACAACCACUCAUGGGGUGGUGGUCAUCACCCAUGUUCACCCUGCUGGGAACGGCUUGGGGAUGGGGGCCUCUCCCCCCACCUGUAUGGGUCGGGUAGGACCUGUGGUGUCGUCUGUGAUGGAGAGGUUCCGUGAGGGACAUCCAAAGGCUCUUGGGACAGUACAAAUCGUGUUUGGAGCCAUGGCAUUUUUGUUUGGAAUCGUGAUGACUGUUGGUGAAUUUAGUCUUGGAGUACUAAGUGGUAUAUUCGUCUGGGGCAGCAUUAUUUACAUAAUUGCAGGCUCUCUCACCAUUGCAGCUGAAAAAUCGUUGAACAAGUGCCUGGUGAAGGCUUCAUUGGGAAUGAACGUUGUUGCCACAGUGACUGCCUGUAUAGGCACCGUUCUAUACUCUUUAGAUGCUGCUGGUGUAACCCUAUUGUACCAUUGUUACGAUUACAAUUACAAUAACUAUGGGCUACUAUGUCAGCAAUACAGGGCCAAACAUCAGGGAAUUUCUGGUGUCAUGGCGCUUUUCUCCUUGCUGGAGAUGAUGGUCACCAUCAGUGUCUCAGCAUUUGCCUGCAAAGCUGUCUGUCAUUCCCCCCUGAACAGAUGUUCAUCGUUGGCAAUCACUUACCUCAAGGCUACUCAAGGCCACCCUGUGCCUUCACAGACAACAUUAGGAUCCCACCGAACAGCUAUGAGGUGGGAGGAGCAGAGGGCCUUUGAGGACCCUAAAAGGACCAGAAGAGGGAUUGCCUCCCUACAACAACAACUGACCCCCCCCCAGUAUAGUAUAGCUAUUAUUCCCCGAAAAUGUUAACUGUGACUGCUUGCUUGGCUUUAUUUUUUUAUGGUCACUUUAUUACCCCCAAUAAUCGCUUUUUAAAAUCUUUACACUGGUUAGAGGGAAAUCAUACUGACUGUGUGAUUCUUUACCCUGUCAUUUUUUUCUCUCCUUGUAGUUCAAAUAGUCUGUUCUGGCAAUUACCAACAUUUGCUUUUGCCUAUAGGAAUAGUGUGACAUUUAAUUUAGUGGAAUUGUGGAAAAAAUGACUACUGACUUUGUGAAUAAAAGUUGUCAAAUAAAACUAGAGCUUUGGAAAAAGUUAA